AUGAAGAACAACGACAGCCUGAAUCCUGACUAUUUUCAGUUGACUCUGUUUUCAGAUCAUGGCUCCCUCAGAUAUUUGUUCUUCAGUCUGUGUCUGUUGAUCUACAUGACUAUAAUCUCUGCUAACAUUGUCAUUAUUCUGGCAGUCUGCCUGGAGAAGUCUCUGCAUCAGCCCAUGUACAUGUUUAUCUCCUUUCUGUCUUUAAACUCUCUGUACGGCUCAGCCGGCUUCUUCCCCAGGUUUCUGAUGGACAUUCUGUCUGACACUCAUUUCAUCUCACGCCCACUUUGUUUCAUUCAGAUUUAUGUCAUUUACACGUAUGCAUCAUAUGAGCUGAUUAUUCUCAGCAUCAUGGCCUAUGACAGACUGGUUGCUAUUUGCCAGCCUUUACAUUAUCACAGUAAAAUGACUUUAAAGAUGGUGAUUCAGCUUUUGAUGUUUGCUGUGCUCUAUCCUGCAUUUGCGAUCAGCUUAGGUGUAUGUCUUACUGUUCGAUUAAAACUGUGUGGAAAUAAACUGCACAGGGUUUUCUGUUCUAACUGGCCCGUGGUUCAGCUCUCCUGUGGGGAUACAAGUCUGAACAGCUUAGUCGGUAUGGUUAUUGGUUUGACGACCAUCUUCAUCCCCCUGUUCUUCGUCCUGUACACCUACCUUCGCAUUCUGCUCGUUUGCAGAAGAAGUUCGUCUGAAUUCAGAGGAAAGGCGUUACAAACCUGUCUGCCUCACAUGGUCACAUUUGUGACCUAUUCAUUCUCUCUCUUCUGUGAGCUUUCACUGACUCGGUUUGAUAAUGUGAAUCCAAUCAUCACAGUUGUUUUAUCUUUAGAGUAUCUGAUCAUUCCUCCCAUCAAUAAUCCUCUAGUUUACGGCCUGAAUCUGCCUCAGAUCAAAGGAGCCAUUGUUAGAUUUAUAAAGAUUCAUAAAAUAGCUUGUGCUGCCAAAAUGUAA